AUGGCAUCUUGGUUUCCGCAGUUGGAAUUUUACACCAAGUACCGUGGGUUCGACUUUUCUUUUGGGUAUUCGAGGGGAUGGGGAAAGGGACUCAGAAAGAGGGAAAAAGAGCAGCUUUUUUUCGUUGUUGGCUGGGGGAGAAAAAUCGCUAUACAUAAAAACGGAUUAAAGCAUGCUGUUGACUGGGAUCCUACAAUUGUUGCCGCCGCUGGUGGAACUAUUCCAGAUAACUCUAACGAAAUAGAUGGCAUAAAUCAGUGGAAAGCUAUAAGUACUGGAUCCGAAUCUAACAGAAAAGAACUGGUAUAUAACUUAGAUAGUUCCGAACAGCCAGGUUCUCAGGGACAUGCUGCGAUACGUGUUGGUGAUUUCAAGCUUAUUCAAGGAUAUCCGGGGCCGUUUAGUGACUGGUACAAACCUGACCAGAUUUAUUCAGACAUUGACGAUGAAUUAAAUGAAAACGAUUAUUAUGCAAGACUCGAUAUAGAAGAUGCAAAUAAACAAAGAUAUGAAUGGAUAAAAGAAGGAUUUAAACAUGGCAGAAAAUGGGCGGGAGAUGGCCUAUACAACCUUAAGAAUGAUCCAACAGAACAUGAAGAUGUUAGCAAAUUGCACCCAGAUGUUGUAAACCAACUGAAAGCGAAACUGGAUGAGUACAGGAAAAGUUAUGUUGAACCUAAAACUUAUGCGUAUGAUCCUCGUUCUGAUCCCCAAAAGUUCGGCGGAUUCUGGACACCGGGAUGGUGCUGA